GACACCGCGUCGCUCGUCGCGAACGCGCGGCAGCAGAUCGCGCGCUUGCUGACGCAGCUCGCGGACCUGGAGGACGCGCGGGAGGAGUUCGACGACGAUGAGUACGCGGAGACGAAGGCGGCGACGCUGACGCAGCUGGACGCGUUCAAGACGUCGCUGCAGCGCAUGACGACCGGGGACGUGACGCUCGAGGACGAGCUCGCGACGGUGAAGGCGGCGACGAAGGCGGCGAUCGCGAGCGCGUUCAGGACGCCGGAGGUUUUGAAGAUGUUCGCGCUGCGACAGCCGGACGAACUGCGAGAGCGGAUGCAGCGAGCGGCGAGGGACGUGAUGCUUGGGAAGAUGAGCGCGGAGCGGGGUGAAGUGAUACGGGUGGAGGCGCUGACGGCGCUGAAGAAACUGGGAAGCGAGUUGGAGGCGGAGGAAUUGGAGUUUUUACGCGCGCACAUGACGCGCGGGUUGACGGAUUUC